AUGGCUACACAGGUGUUGAUUGCCCACACGGGCCAGCGCCUGGAGGUCGACACCUCGCGCUUCUCAACGCUGGACGACUUGAAGGCUUGGAUUGCCCGUAAUAGCUCCGUUUCUCUGCAGCACAUGGUAGCACUGACGCCCCAAGGCCGGAGCGUUAAGUUUGCGAGCAUCCAUGUCGAGAAAGAGCUUUACAUUUACGAUAUCCGAGUCACCCAACAGACUGCCGCAGGCUCUUCCCCCGUCGUCGGUGUCGACACGCAGCUGCCGCGUCCCUAUGCCAUCCCAGACGCCCCCAACUCAAUAUCUGACGCCGAGGAUAUCGAAUCGUGGCGGGAGCUGUACAAGGCGCGCCGGUCAUGGGCCAUCCGCCUCGCCGAGGACUGCGGGCGUCUCGAUACCGCAGCCCGCGCGCGCUACGACGAGAUCGACGUCAUGAUCAAGUGUCUCGACGCUGCACUGGCAAAUCUCGAGUUUAGCGUCAAGCAGAUUGAGCCUAAGCACGCCGAACUCAAGAAAUGGGUGGACCCAAUUCUCCUCGAGCAUGAUCGCCUCGCAAGCUCCUGGGAACACUACCUUAGCCUCGCGCGGAACACGCCAAUAUCACCCACCAUGGUGCAGUUCAUGACUAACAGGGCGUCUGUCAAGAAUGAACCAACACUAGAGGACCUCAUAGAGCCGGAGACGGCGAAAAAGGCCGGCAAGUUAGCGCCGACUGCGCGGCGCCGGUUCAGUGACAAGGCCGCGGAAUUAGAGAAGGCGGUAAAGCAUAUGCACCAAGGUCUGAAAAAGCUCAUUGCCGAUUUUGAGGCGCUCAUGAGCCGAUCUGUCCUCACUCACAACAACGAUACUGCACAGCUGCUCGAGGACAUUGAGGUUGUUGUGAAGCAAAUGGACGACGAUUACCGCUCCGCUUUGGCAUACGGGUCCUCGCAGCGGGACUUGGCUCAAGCGUCCAAAGUAGCAUCUAACCAUACCGAGCGUUUGGUUCCGAGCCUCAAGAAGCGAGCCAAGGAGAUGGACGAGAUGCUCUACUAUGCCGCGUCCGCCAGAAAUUCGAUCGCGGCAGAAUCUGUCAACUUCAUGAAGGCCAUUACCGAAAUUACUGCCCUGCACAGUGGUGUCCGUAAUCAAAUCAAUGUCUUGAACUCUUCAGAGGACGACAUGACGACAUUUGACUACUUACGGCUCAUAUACCAACUGCCAUACAUGUAUGCGUCCUUCGUCGUUGAAACAAUUCGUCGCCGAGAGUGGACAGAAAAGGUCAAACAGGACUCGUCUACGCUCGCCAAUGAAAUGGCCCUGUUUCAGGAUGAAGAAGCUAAGAGGCGGAGGAGAUGGCAGAAGAUGGUCGGCAGCACAUACGGACCUGGAUUGGACACUAACGUCAUGGGACUUGAGGUCAAUUUGCAGGGAGAUGAAGAAGCAUGGCCACAACUCACCAAAGAUGACCUUGACGACUUUAUCCAGCAUCUCAAGGCACAGCACACUGACGAGACACUGCUCGAGGAUAUUAUCAAACUGGUUCAAGAGCUUGCGAGCCCGACAAAACAGCAGUCGAAGCGCUUGAAGGCGUUCAAAAAUGGAAGCAUCCACGAGGCAGCCUUGGGAAGAAGUGGUCUUUUGAUACGUGGAGACGAUGAUCUGCUACGCUCUCUCCAAGAUGACAAGUCGAGGCUUGAGAGCAAACUGAAGACUGCAGAAAGCAGGGUGCGACGUCUCGAAGAUUUGCUGCACCGACAAAGCCAAGCCUCCCGGCACGGAAACCUGUUCCAGCCUCCGGUUAUGCAACCACAAGAGCGUCCGGGUUCUAGCGCGUCCAUCAGAUCAAAUCGCAUCGAUGAUCGUAGACGAUCGUCUGACGGUGCUGAUCCGCUCUUGCGGCGUAUUGCGCAGCUCGAGAAUGACUUGCGCGAAGAGAAGCAUCGCUCAACCAUCCUCCAGAAGGACGUUGAUGUCAAGUCAACGCAGCACAAUGAGAUCAAAAGCCAGAUGGAGGAGGCAAACUCCACCAAGAAGGAUCUUAUGGAGAACAUGGAGGCCUUUAAGCGCGAGUUUAUGGAUGAGCGCAAAUCUCUAGAAGACGAGCUAAAGGUGCUGAAGGCUCGCCUCGAGGAAACGGAAGACGACAUGGAGCACUUUGGAGAGUCACGCGAGAACGAAAAAGCUGCGUACGACGAAAAGAUGCAAGCACUCGAGGAUGAGGUUCAGCGACUCAAGAAUGAGCACAAUGACGAGAGCCUCAAAGCUCAAGGCCAGGUGGAGUAUUUGCGAAAAGAAGCUCAGCUGCAGCGCGAGAAGCUGGAUGCUUCGAAUCGACUCGUGCAGACGACCAAGGAUGAGCACCAUGGCGUGACUCGCAAGCUGCGAGAAGCGGAAGAGACGGCGGAAAAGCAAAUUGAACUGCUGCAGAAGCUUCACCAAGACAUGGUCCCUGGCAGUGACGCACCUGGCGACGCCAUUGAUCUGACGGAAGCAGUGGCCAAUUAUGCCGCAGACUUGCUCAGCAAAUUGCGAGAUGCUGAAAGCGAAGCCUCUGUUCUCAAGACCAACCUGGAUCAGGCCUCAAACGGCACUAAAGAACUCCGCACUGAGCUCGCGGAAACGAGACUAACACUUGCCCAAGAAGAAAUGGGCGCAAUGCACCUUCGCGAGAAUCUCGCUGAAGAGAAAGCCAAGGUUACCGCCCUCGAAGGCGAGCUCAACGAAGGCAGGGAGCAGCUUAGCGCGCUGCGUGGUCAGUUAUCUGACGGCGAAACGGGCUCGGAGACGCUACAGAAGAAGCUGGAAGCUACUGAACGCAAGGUGUCCGAACUGACGGAAGAUCUUGCCUCUCGGCAGUCGCGUGUGGGAAGCCUCGAAGAAGAGGUUCACAUGUUCCAAACAAAGAUGACAUCCUUGCAAGAGAAGCUAUCGUCGUCCGUAACCCAUCAUGAGGCCCGGGACGAGAGAACAAAGGAACUGACUCAGAAAGUCUAUUCUCAAAAUGACCGCUUGAUACGGCUCCUGGAGCGCAUCGGUUAUUCUGUGGCGCGCGACGGCGCUGAAAUGACCGUGACUAAGAUUCCGCGCGCCGAGAGGCAGGGACAGAGCGCACACGACUUGUCCGACCCGUCUUCAUCUGUCAAGCGGUCGACGAGUCUUAGCAAGCCAAUGAACAACAGCGUCGAUCUUGAGCUGCUCCACUGGAUCAAUAACAGCGAUGCUGCGGCUGAGGAAGAACGAUAUACCUCGUUUAUGCAGUCGCUGGGGUCAUUCAACAUGGAAUUGUUUGCCGAUACCAUCUACCACAGAAUCAAAGAGGCCGAGCACAAGGCUCGCAAGUGGCAGCGCGACGCCAAGACGUACCGCGACCGGGCUCAUGUACAUCAAAGGGACGCCAGCGACAAGAUUGCCUUUAGACACUUCAAGGAUGGUGAUCUUGCUUUGUUUCUACCGACAAGGAAUCAGCAGGCCGGCGCCUGGGCUGCUUUCAACGUGGGGUUCCCUCACUAUUUCCUGCGCGAGCAGGAUGCGCACAGACUUCGACACCGGGAGUGGCUUGUGGCGCGCAUUACCCGCAUCCAAGAAAGAGUGGUGGACCUGUCCAAGAGUCUGACGCGAAGCAAUAACGCUUUGAAGGAGGGUAAUGCUGUCAACGAGGACGAGAACGAUAAUCCGUUCCAGCUCUCUGACGGAUUGCGCUGGUAUCUUAUUGAUGCCCAAGAGGAUAAGCCCGGGGCGCCCUCGACGCCUGGGAUGGGCAAAUCUACAGUCGCCGCGAAUAAUGUAGAGGCGACGGCGAACAUUCAGUCUCAGGCAGUAGGGGCCAAGGGCAAAAACCGCGAUAGUAUCAGCAGCAUCGAGGGCAUCAACAAGACGUUGUCUAAGAGCCUGGAGAGCCGGCGUAGCAGCUCCAACUCGAAGAAGGUGCCGUUUUCCAUUGCCGGCGGAGCGGCGUUUCUUAAGAGCAGCGCGCUGGCUAGCGAGACGGACUCUCUGCGUGCGGCGGCGCCAGAAACGCCCGCAGGCACCAGUCCGAUCCAGCCGUCGCCGCUGGGAGCGAUGGUGUCAAAGUCACAGCAGGAGGGAGAGGGAGCAGCGGAUGGGGGCGAGGGACCGUUGGGCGCCAGCAAUGCAGCCGAGAGUCGAAGCAGCGUGCAGCGAGAAGAGUCGACUGAGAGCGCGGGCAAAAAGUCAAUGGUGUGGGAUGCGUUAUGGAGUGUCGACUACAGCUACGAAAGUCCGACGAAGUAG